AUGAUCUGAAAAAGGUGUCUCGCUACAGGGGCAGGUUGCCAGAGACGGAACGCUAACGAGUUCUACGGGAAAGAACUUUCGUUUUUAUUUCCCUGGAAAGUGUGAGUAGCUGGAGUAAGUAAAAUUAGAAGUUUAAGUAGUAAUUGCUACAAACUUCCUGGUUAAACUCUAAUGCCUAACUUCAGUGCUUGUAAUAUAUAUAAAACCGAUCGCCAUUGUGAUAUCAUUGAAGAUAUCUCAGUAUUCAGUAAACCCUUGCAAGACAAACCGUGCAGUGAUUGCCACCCAUACCAUUUCAAACCCAAAGAAGAGCUGUCUGGAUCAUAGAAUGGCAGAGGGACUUUUCUUUCUUGCUAUCUUUAUCAUCUCUAGUGAAACAAAUAAGUGGACAGUAGCAAGUGAAGUUGAUGAUGCCAAUUAUUGCAAGCUUUGUCCUACCCUGUGCUUUAAAGGUCACCAUAAGGAUUCACCUUGCACUGAAUGCACAGACUCUGAAAUAAAGAACAGAUCAUUUACUGAUCAUUGUAACCACAUGAAGACGCUUCCAUGGCAACGUGAGAUCAAAUGUGACUCUCAGUCUCCGGCUUAUCAUUUACCAAAGUGUCAAAAGAUCUCUCUGGAAGUCAAGUGUCAGAAUGAACAUCUAGGAGAGAGAUAUCACAUGGCGUGUGGAGACGUUUGUACCAUUUUGUGCCGUGAUAAGGUUGUUUCCGUGGUGGAGUGUACAAAAGAUCUUGAAUGGAAUGACACUAUACCUGAUGAACGCCAGUGUCCUCAGGAACAAGAGCCAAACUCCAGUGAUGUAACGACCAUUAUUAUUGGAACAUCAGUAUGUUGCAUUGCAGCUGUGGUCAUUACGUGUAUAGUUCUCUUCAUCAAAUACAAACGCCAAAAGAGUAUCAGUAGAGGAUCUUCAACAACAAGUGACCCACCAGAAAGAUCUAAUAAGGAUGUGGAUAAACUGCUGCCACCUGGACACAUUCCAGAAGUCAUAUGUCAUCCACCUGAGAAGGUAUCAGAAUUUCCCUGUUGGACUCCGCUGUUGGGUGGAUCUGAAGCUCCAGGAGUCGUUCAUGUAAAUCAUCUGCGACAGAACUGACAGAACAGAUUGAUUCCACGAAGAGUCGCAAAAUUCUGACUGAUCUCUUGAAUGACAGGUCCAAAGCCAAAAUCCUGCAGGAAUUGUUUGAUCAGCAGAGCUGUUUCAGCAAGAUAACUUGGCAUGUGAUUGCUUUGCACCUGCUUGGUUGGACAGCCGAAAAGGUUGAUUCUCACGAAUAUCACUCAGGUAUUCAAGUAAUAGUCUCGGGACAGUCCAACUUACACAAUUCUGCUGAACCUGACACAUGAGGGCAAAGGAAUUGACGAACUUAUUGAUUUUCUUAAGGAUCAUCAAUCCUGCCUUAAAACAACUAACCGCCAUAGUGCAAUAGAACAUCUUCGGAACUACAGGCAGAACUGGUACAACAAACAAAACUGGUUCACAGUUGUGAAGAUAAGGUGUAGGAGAAGCAUAUGUUAGUUAGGGCACAUUAUAUUUAAGGUCUCAGUGUUGUAUACCAUGCAUACUAAGAACAUUUGUAAGGUGUUGGUGCAGUGGCUAAAGCCCUCAUUACCAUGAUUGUGAAAACUGAGUCUUGGGAUCAAAUCUCGGCUCCAUCAUACCUCUCUCUGGAUGUGACACCUGUUUUCCAGGGCUGACUGUUGGUGAUUUUAUACUGGUACUCCAGUUUCCUUCACCCUCAUGUGUGUGCAUGCGUGUGGGUCUGUGUGUGCUUGUACAUUUGUAUAUAAAAGUGUUUUGAUGCCUAACUUAAAACAGUCUGUUUGUGCACCUUCAUGUGUUGUGCAUUGAUAUGUAAAGUCUCACUUUGGUGCACUGUGUUGUUACUACUAAAACUUUGGUGUCAAAGAUUUCAAGUCUGAUGCCGCUCUAAUUUUUCUUACUAGUUAUUAUUUAUAUAUUUUUUUUUUUCCUUCCAAUUGUGGCUGUUUUUAUGAUGGUCCAAUCUCAGGCAGGAAUAGGAGGAUGCAAGCUACAUUUACCUUAUUUUUUAUUUCUGAAAGUCCUUAUUUUUUGUUGUUGUUGUUUUAACUGUAGUAAAAUGUUUGGUCCUGAUUGGAAAAGAACAACUUGUUUCUUUCUGAAAGAAUUUUAGUCUGUAAUGACAUUGUCUAUUCCCAUAUCUCAUACAGAGUCUGCAACAGCCAGGGUGCUAAAUGUUUGAUUGGCUGAAUUUAAUUUAUAAACUUAGUGCUGCAAUAGUGCAUUUGUUUUUGUAAGUACUGGCAUAGAAAUAAAAUUCAGAAAUAUGAGAAUAUUGGUUGAAGGUGCACAGAUUUACCAAAAUAAUUGAAUAAACUGGCUGUAGAUAUUUUGUAUAAAUAUUUUUUUACUGUAUGAAGGUUCACUUGCGUAGUAUACAGCUAUGUGAAUUUAUAGUGGUAAUGGUAAGAUAAACUGAAUUCAUUUCUGAGUAUCAGCAGAGGUUAUCAGCUGAUGCCAGUCCUCAGUGUAUUGCCAUGCAUUCAGAGCACAUAUCUCCAUCACUUAGUGAUAGAAGAGAUGGACCCAUCCUUGAAACUAUCUCACCUCCAUUGAUAGAGCAUUAACAUGUGUGCUACCAUACCUACCAUCUCGUGUAAAUGCUUUAUUUAACUCUGUAGCCACCCAAGUCUGUGUUCACUGCUGUUUUGUACAAUAUUUUAUUGCAUGUUUAGAUUUGAACAAUUCUGUACAUGAUUAUAUGCAGACAACAGCAACAAAUAUAUAAUAAUAAUAAUCAUGAGCACUUAUACAGCACAUUUCCUCACAGGGUUAUAAGCUCAGUGCAGUUCAGAAAAGAAAAUGACGAUAGAGACAUUAAAUGGAAGAAACGGAUAUGAUGUCAUGUGGAGUGAUGGUAUUCUUUCACAGAUGAAGUGGUUCGGUUCUUUGCUUAAUAAAAGCAACAGUGAUGUCAUCAGAUAACAAUAUUACAAAUUUACAUAUUUAUUCACUGGACUGUUUACUCCAAGCCAGAGAAGAACAAUUUUUAAAAAGUACAAUUUAUAGUCCCUCCACCUAAAUCAGCGUGAUCAAACUUUUUUGUUUAGUAAUGGUAUUUGUAAGGAAUUAUUUUAACAGCAGCAUUUAUCUACCUUUUCAAUGUGAAUUGAAUGCAAUAUAUUUUCUUAGAAAUAUUUUUGUCUUGUUGUUUUAAAGAAAACUUUAAGUUUUUUGAUGUAAAGUUUUGUUUAAGGAUCCAUGCAGUUUAAAUUAUUGUCCAUAUUGUCUUUAGUCAACUAAAAAUAUAUUUUCAAAUUUAUUUUCCUUUUCAUAGAUGUGGAUUCACAAACCCAUCUGUUGUCAUUGCCCAUUGUUUGUCUUCUGAUGACCAUUAAUAUAGGAAAGGAAAGAAAAAAAUCUUGCUGAUUUUUACCAUGAUUUGUAUGUAGUAAUGUAUAGGAUGGAUAUAGUCAUUUUAUAUCUACUGAUUAAAUCUUUAUUUGUCAUCUAUAACUUAUCACAAAAUAAUGCUUAAAGAUUAAUUGGGGUAUAACUAUGUCAAGAAGACAAAUUAUACACCAUUGGUGCUUUUGGAGAUUUUAAAAUGUUUUGAACUUGUUUUAACUUCUGAUUUUUUUAAAAAAAGAAGCCAAUAGAAGAAAGUCAAAAGUCUUUCUAAGUGUGGCCAACAUCUGUUGCUGGGGCUGGCUAAAUUUGAAAGUGAAAUGCAAUAUCCAUUGUUAAAAAACCACUCAGGGUUGUUUUAAUUUUUCAUGGUGUGCUAUGCCUUUUAAUGGAUUCUUAAAUAUAAAUGUUUUUUGAAAUGGUGGUUUGAUGUCUAUGGAAUGAGUCAAGGAUUUUAUGAACUUUCUAUUUUGAAAAGUUUUUAGAAACUGAUUAAGUCCAUAAAUUGAAGUAUAGGUAUUAUUUGCAGUAAAUGAAACACUUGCUAUUCAAAUUACUCUUAAGUCAGGUCCUAAACUAUUUCAUGUUAAUAGUUUGCAGUGCAUUUGUUCGGGGUCAUUGAUUUUUGCACAAGGAUUUAUUUUUAAAUCCCAUUAUGUAGAUUUUUCUUUAAUGCUAUGUGGAAAAAGUGAAGUCCAUAAUAAUAUUUAACUAUUACAAAUCAAGGUGAAUGAGAUACGUAUUAAAAUGUUUGUCAAUAUUUACUUUUGAUUAAAAAAGAAUCCUCACAAAAUUUUAAGUUAACAGGCAGCAUGGAACUGUUUCAUUAUGAAAUGUCUUUUUUAGAUACUGUAUGUUUGCCGUCAGUGAUGUCUUGUAGUUACAAAGAAAUGUCUUAUUGAAUUAGCAAUCAGUGCCUUCUCAUGGAGUGUGGAUGAUGCCUCUUUUUGAAAGUCUUUGAAACAAACAUCGAUCAUUACUGUAUUUAUUGUUUGCGCCACAUAUUUGUUACCAAACAUCUGUCAGAUGCUGAACCCUGUAGUUGUAAGGACAUUUUGUAUUGUACCUGCAUAGACAUUAUUCUUUGUGAGGAG